AUGGGGUCGAAGAAAACCUACUUCGUCUUCAUGAAUUUCGACCCCGAGUACGAGCGUCUGCGCAAGAACCGGUCCGUCCUAUUCAGAUAUCCCUUCCAAUCUCCCCUAAAUCAGUGUGAUAUGUCUACUCUCUCUCUCUCUCUAUAUAUAUAUAUCUAUCUCUCUCUCCAUCUUAUGAAUUACGGGCAGAGCAAGGCAAGAGGAGCUCGACAUGUAUCUCAGCAGGAAGCACGAGAGGCUACUCUCAGAGCUUCUGGAGCCCAACACCUACAGUAAGAAGUCUUCCCUCGUCAUCGUCGACGGGUUCGCAGUGGAGAUAACCGACGAACAGGUUACGAUGCUGACAACAUAUCUACUCGUUUUCUUCAAGAUUUUCUGUGGCUAAUGGAAAGGGCUGCGUGUUUUCCUCUUCAUUAGGCUAAGCUGUUGAGAUCUUCGAACAAGGUGAGGAUUGUGGAGAAGAACCAAGAACUAGAGUGA